GCAGAUGGCAACCCUGAAGGCAGUGAAAUCUGGCUUCUGUAGCUCUAUUUCCAAUUAGAAUAUAUAAUAAAACAUUUACAACAAUUAGGAAAGAAAGAGGAGAGAGAAAAGAGACGGAUAAGAAAGAGAGAAAUUAAAAUAUACACAAGUAUACAUCAUAUUGCACACUGGUGUGGAGGUGCGGUAUUGUACAUAAGUGAUUAGUGUAUAGCACAUAAGUGAUGGAUGAUGAAUACUUCUGAUAGAAGUACAAAUAUUGUCUGGCUGGGGUGAGAGUGUGGGUUUGGUGGUGGAUGAGUAAGUGUUGGAGAGUGAUAGAGAGAGAGAGACUUUGUGUGUAUGUGUUAUGUAUGUUCACAAAGUACACACAUAUACACACGCACACACACAAAGAGUCUCUCUCAGUCGCAGUCUCUCCUUCAGUGCUAAGCCCGAUUGAAAGCACAAAUUUUCAGAGAUUUUCAGAUUGAAAAAAGGUAAAAAUCUUUAAUUUCUCGUAUGUGAAGCUGAUCAUCUCACAUAGACAGCCUCUCUCACUCAGUCUACUUCUCUUUUUAGCUGCAAGUCAACAGGAUGUGUGCCAAAACCACAGCAGUGUCAGAAAAACUGUGCGCCUGUUUCAACAUGUUGGAGUCGAGUCUGACAUAAUCAAAUGAGCAGCAGUUAAAGCAGGCAGCUGCCUACUGUUGCUUUGACGGCUUUAAGUUUAUCCUAACUCAUAAAACCUUUGCUUGGGACCAUACUGAGGCUAACCAAAUACAUGCUGGGUGUCCUUCUGCAUUUGACAGUAAUAUUUCAUGAUGGCAUGACUUGUCAGAUGUGGGCCAAGUAAAUAGGGGUGGGCUGUGUGGUAAGAGGAACAGGAAGAGAAGACGAGAGAGAAAGGUAUCAAGAGCAGAGCAGAAAAGGCGAGAGCUUCUCACGUCGGCAUGUGAAACUCUUCAUAGCAGGUUUUUUUUUUUCUUCAUAAAGAUCUUGACAAGACAAGUGUCGAGCCGAAAAAUGCUGUGCUCAGUUCGGUAACUUCAACUUUAAGAGAUGAUGGUUUAAAGAGGGAAAGUUAAAAACAUAAAGGAAGAUUAAUGGACAGCACAGAGAUCAAAGUUGAAAUGGCUGAAGGAGGGCUGCUGGAACCUCUCGUCAUCACUGAAGAAGGGGACGUUGCUGAGGCUGUCGUCGUUCAGAGCUUGAGCAGAGAGUCAGCUCUCAGAGACAAAGAGGAGCACUCUGGAGAGGACAAGAAUGACAAAGACACGGCGGGUAAAAUGUGUUCAGAAGAGCAACAGACCCACACAGCAGAAGAGCAGACAGGAGAUGUUUUUGUGGAUGUAAAAGGCAAACCUGAAGAAACUGAGAAUGUGAAAGAUGGACAGAACAAAGAUGGGAGCGGGAGUGAAGGGCAGACGCACAAGGUGACGAAGAUUCAUGAAACACCUGAGAAAUCCAGUGACACAGAGGAUAAAAAAGUCACACAAAAUGACCCUAAUGUGGACAUAAAGACGUUAAAGCUCCCUGAGCAACAAGCCGAAGGUACACAGAGCCAAAAAGAGGAUGCAAAAAAGGCUCACCGAUUAACCCCCGACUUCCCGGACGCGCUGUACGAGCUGCUCUGCACCCUUCAGGAGGGUAGACGGCUCAAUGACCAGCGCUGCUCCUUCAGGCUGGAGGGUGGGAUGAGAAGAAGAAGGUGCCACUCUGAGCCCAACACCACCAAGCCAGUCAACAGAGUCAUCUUUUCCUCCAUGACUUCACUGCAGAAAGAGGAGUUUUUUGAAUUUGUGGCCACUGCUCAAGCCCGCCGGCUGGAUGACCAGAGGGCGCAGCUCGAAACAUCUUCACCACCAAAACCAAAAGCCAGAAGUUUCAGAGGCAGCAUAAAGCAACUCUCUUUUGUGAAAAAGCCCGAAAAGCCUGAAAAGCCUGCGCCAGUUCCCGCACCAGCACCCAAAGAAGAUCUUUACAAUAUGAUUCUCACGACACAAGCCCAGGGCAGGCUGGAGGACCAGCGCAGCAGGGCUCCUGGUCCCAUGGAUGAUGAGGACUUCUUCUCCCUGCUCCUGAAGGUCCAGGGGGGACGCAUGGACGAGCAGAGGACUGAACUACCGUGCUUGCUGCAAACCUGAGAUGGAAUAAAAAAAACCAGGCGUGGAGCUGCUGUGGGAGCCAUUCUAGUAUUGUAGCCUUAAUCUUAUUUCCUGUUAAAUUAGGUUCAUUUUUUUGUUGACCUUUGUGAUGCUUUGUUUAAGGGGAAUGUUAUCCCUCUUGAUAAUGUUGGUAGGUGAUAAAGCUGUCGAGACUGUAGCAAAAACGCUAAUGUUUGAGCAAUAGAGCUUUAAAGUGACUUGAUAGAGAUAAUCUCUUGACGAGAUAGUGAAGUUUACUGCUAUUUAGGUAUUUUUCUGUCUGUCUGUCUGUCUCUCUGUCAGUAAAUAUGCUUUCUUAUCUCACAAAGUUUUGCAUUUCAUUGAAUGUCUGCGAUGAGUGGUUGAAUGUUUUUAGUGUGUGUUCCUAUUCUUAAUGUGAAGGAGGGAGUCUAUUAAUCUCUAAUAUUUCUCCUUACUUUUACAGUAGACAUUAAAUACACCAGAGGCUGGUGGCGAGGAGAUAUGAGCUCCAAGGCCACAUGUUGCUUAACUGUAUAUGAAUAAUUCUCCUCCAGAAAAUAAAACAAAAUGUGUAUCUGAGCCUUUUUCAUUCAUCUAU